GUCACUCCUCCAUCUCAAUCCAGUAUUCCCGAGGCCUGUGGUUUUCACUUCGAAUCGCUUGAACCACUUUGUCUAGUUACAGUGUCCACGCUAGAAUGCAGCAAUACAACGAAUCUAACAUGGAAGACUAUGAUGAAUCCGUGAAUGUGAGUCCUAGUUACGGACCAGUUCCAUUUACUAUAUAUAUCAAGUCUGCUAACACAACUGACACUGAGCAGUCAUCCAGUGGUUCAUCUUCUAUAACACAGGAUUCUGAGUCCCAGGGAGCCGUUGUGGAACGCCAAAUGACUCUACUCGGAUCCGAGAUAGACAAAGAUGAUGAUCGUGGCAACUCCGAGCAUGCACCGAUCAUCGCAGGCUGUGCUUUGGAUGUAAUCGUCAAUCAAGAUGGCGAAGAAACUGUGUCCGACGGCAUCCCCCAGCUCGGAUUGAUCUCUUGGACUUAAAAUCAUCAUCUUGCCCUUCGCAGUAGACGUCAUUGAGUGUUGUUUCUUGGAUCCAGUGGAAUGGUUGGGAAAUUGAAUCUGUUUU